GCAUUCACCUUUCUAAGAAAAUGUGCCCACAAACGAUUGAGGAAGUGCAAAAGAUGAGCAAGAUCCCAUAUGCAUCUGUAAUAGGGAGCCUCAUGUAUGCGAUGCUAUGCACAAGACCUGAUAUCAGUUAUGGCGUAAGCAUAACUAGUCGAUAUCAGUCCAAUCCAGGUUUAGAACACUGGAAUGCUGUUAAGAAUAUCCUUAAGUACUUGAGAAGGACUAAAGAUUUAUUCCUCGUUUAUGGAGGUGGUGAUUUGCAAUCAGAGUUGCAAGUGGAAGCAUACACAGACUCAGAUUUUCAAUCUGAUGUGAAUGACAGAAAAUCCACAUCAGGGUUUGUCUUCACCUUGAAUGGAGGUGCAGUAAAUUGGAGAAGCUGCAAACAAAGCGUUACUGCAGAUUCCACUACUGAGGCAGAAUACAUUGCAGCAUCAGAGGCUGCAAAGGAAGCAGUUUGGAUGAAAAAGUUCAUCACUGAACUUGAUGUUGUUCCUACCAUUGAGUCACCGAUUCCACUUUACUGUGACAACAAUGGGGCAAUUGCUCAAGCCAAGGAACCAAGGUCUCAUCAAAAAUCCAAACACAUCGAAAGACGCUUCCAUAUCAUAAGGGAGAUUGUUAAUCGUGGAGACAUUAACAUUCUCAAAGUAGCAUCUGUUGAUAACAUAUCAGAUCCAUUCACUAAGCCCUUAUCACAAGCAAAGCUAGAACAACAUCUUGAGAAGAUGGGUGUACGUUUCAUGGCUGAUUGGGUUUAGUACAAGUGGGAGAUUGAAGGAAUUGUGUCCUAAAACAAUCAUUUUGAUGUAAUUAUUAUUGUAAUUAUUAUUAAUCAAAAGGGCAAGUUUAUUGUUCAUUGCUUAUAUUUGAUAUUUGAUUGAACAAGG